AUGUCACCAGCCUUGAAACCAACCAAACUGAGUAUAUUGGCAGUAUGCGCCUUGUUAUUCACUUUAGUGAAAUCGCAAUCCGGAGAUGACAAAGCCAUUUGUAUGGAUAAUCGGGUAUUGGCAUGGAUCACCCCCAAUAAUUUGGUUUAUGGACCAAAUGAAUCUAGAGAUCGCGCACAUGGACCAUGUUACUGUCAUCCGAGUCCAAAGUUUAAUAAUUUCUCACAACCCAGUUGUCCAGAAGAUCAAGGAUUCGGUGGUGUAGGAUUUGUUUAUUGUUCUAAAAAUCAAGAAUGUGAUUAUACUACUCAACCUGAUAAUCCUACUUAUUCUGAUUAUAGUGAGACUCAAGAUUCUCAUUCUACCAGGCUUUCUCAUCAAUUCUCGGCUUUGAUGACUUUGUCGGCUUUUCUAGUGGUAGCUAGAUAA